GCUUCUUCAGAAGCAGAAACGUGUAAACCCUAUAAAACGCGGCAGCGCGGCGGGCAGCUCAGAGCGUGCGGCGAGACGAAGCUUCUCUUCUUCCUUGUCCUUCUCCUCUGCUGCCGCCGCCUCCCCGGCAACCGCACAGACCGGCAGCCGCGCACCGGGGCAGGGUGCAGGCCCCCAGCUGCGCUCCGCCUUCGCUCUGCUCCCCGUCCGCCCGCCAGCCCCACCAACAGACUCGUGGCUCCGUGGUGGCCAUGGAGCAUCGCGGCGCUUCCCCGCGCCUCCUCGCCCUCGCCCUUCUCAGCGCUCUCUGCUGGCGGGUGCGGGCACUGCCCCAGCGUGGCGCCGCCUUCCCCCCGCUCCCGCGAUUGGGAAACAGAAUGCCAUUUGAUGGAGCCAGUGAACCUGAUCAUGCCCAUGGGUCAUUCAAAUCUGAAUCAGACAUUUUGCAGAACACACUACCUGAAAAUGAGAAGUUCUAUUUUGAUCUAUCUAGAAUUAUUGAUAGCUCUCAGGACAGUCCUGUCAAACGCCACUCUGAUGCUGUCUUCACUGACAACUACAGUCGCUUUCGAAAGCAAAUGGCUGUGAAGAAAUAUUUAAACUCAGUUUUAACUGGAAAAAGAAGCCAGGAAGAACUAAACCCUGCUAAACUUCGAGAUGAAUCAGAACUUCUUGAACCUUCCUUUUCAGAAAACUAUGAUUCUGCAGAUGACCUGCUGAGCCACCUCCCACUGGACUUCUGAAGGACACCUGAUAAAGUCUAUGACAAGAACAAGCUAUUUUUUUGAGUUCCACAUAGUAUUUCAAAGCGAUGACUUCAGUCAUCAAACCAGAACAAAUAUGUUGUGAAGUGAAAGUUGUGAUAUAUUUGUUUCUUAUGUAAUAAAAGUUGAUAUUUACAUUGUAAAUAUUACUUGAGUUCUUCACCGAAGGCUGUACAUAUGGAAGCCAGUUUAACUCAUAAGAAGUCUGCGAGUCCAUAUGCUGUAAAUCCUUUACUUCAAUAAAUUCAUUUGAAAAUGA